ACUUGGUUUUUCAGGGGACAUUUGGAGCUGAUUUGCCCCCAAGGCCAUUUUAGCGGUGAAAGAUUAACUCGUUUUUAGCGUCAUGGAAAUGCUUCGAUUGCCCGCAGUCCUUCGCCAGAUUAGGCCAGUGUCCAGGGCACUGGCUCCUCAUCUCACUCGGGCUUAUGCCAAAGAUGUAAAAUUUGGUGCAGAUGCCCGAGCCUUAAUGCUUCAAGGUGUAGACCUUUUAGCUGAUGCUGUAGCUGUUACUAUGGGGCCAAAGGGAAGGACGGUGAUUAUUGAACAGAGUUGGGGAAGUCCCAAAGUGACAAAAGAUGGUGUGACUGUUGCAAAGUCCAUUGACUUAAAAGAUAAAUAUAAAAAUAUUGGCGCGAAACUUGUUCAAGAUGUUGCCAAUAACACAAACGAAGAGGCUGGGGAUGGCACCACUACUGCUACUGUACUGGCACGCUCCAUUGCCAAGGAAGGCUUUGAGAAGAUUAGCAAAGGUGCUAAUCCAGUGGAAAUCAGGAGAGGUGUGAUGUUAGCUGUUGAUGCUGUAAUUGCUGAACUUAAGAAGCAGUCUAAACCUGUGACAACCCCAGAAGAGAUCGCCCAGGUUGCUACUAUUUCUGCAAAUGGAGACAAAGAAAUCGGCAACAUCAUUUCUGAUGCGAUGAAAAAGGUUGGAAGAAAGGGCGUUAUCACAGUAAAGGCAAGUGAUGGAAAAACACUGAAUGAUGAAUUAGAAAUUAUUGAAGGCAUGAAGUUUGAUAGAGGGUAUAUCUCUCCAUACUUUAUUAAUACAUCAAAAGGUCAGAAAUGUGAAUUCCAAGAUGCCUAUGUUCUGUUAAGUGAAAAGAAAAUUUCUAGUGUCCAGUCCAUUGUUCCUGCUCUUGAAAUUGCCAAUGCUCACCGUAAGCCCUUGGUCAUAAUUGCUGAAGAUGUGGAUGGGGAAGCUCUAAGCACACUCGUUUUGAAUAGGCUGAAAGUUGGUCUUCAGGUUGUAGCAGUCAAAGCUCCAGGUUUUGGUGACAACAGAAAGAACCAGCUUAAAGACAUGGCUAUUGCUACUGGUGGUGCAGUAUUUGGAGAAGAAGGACUAACUCUAAAUCUUGAAGAUGUUCAGCCUCAUGACUUAGGAAAAGUUGGAGAGGUCAUUGUGACCAAAGAUGAUGCCAUGCUCUUGAAAGGAAAAGGUGACAAGGCUCAAAUUGAAAAGCGUAUUCAAGAAAUUAUCGAGCAGUUAGAUAUUACAACUAGUGAAUAUGAAAAGGAAAAACUGAAUGAACGUCUGGCAAAACUCUCAGAUGGUGUUGCUGUGCUAAAGGUUGGUGGGACAAGUGAUGUUGAAGUGAAUGAAAAGAAAGACAGAGUUACAGAUGCCCUUAAUGCUACACGAGCUGCUGUUGAAGAAGGCAUUGUUUUGGGAGGGGGCUGUGCCCUGCUUCGGUGCCUUCCAGCCUUGGAUUCAAUAACUCCAGCUAAUGAAGAUCAAAAAAUUGGUAUAGAAAUUAUUAAAAAAGCACUCAAAAUUCCUGCAAUGACCAUUGCUAAGAAUGCAGGUGUCGAAGGAUCAUUGAUAGUUGAGAAAAUUUUGCAAAGUUCUUCAGAAGUUGGUUAUGAUGCUAUGCUUGGAGAUUUUGUGAAUAUGGUGGAAAAAGGAAUCAUUGAUCCAACUAAGGUUGUAAGAACUGCAUUACUGGAUGCUGCUGGAGUGGCCUCUCUGUUAACUACAGCAGAAGUUGUAGUCACAGAAAUUCCUAAAGAAGAGAAGGAUCCUGGAAUGGGCGGGAUGGGAGGGAUGGGAGGUGGUAUGGGAGGUGGCAUGUUCUAAUUCCUAGAAUAGUGCUUUACUAUCAUUAAUGAGCUGUGAGAGGAAGCUCAAGGCAGCAUUCCUCACCAAUAACUUUAAGAGAGGUCAGUUGAAGGAGAUGACUGAAGAAAAGGCUGGCUGAUGUUUAAGAAGAUCACUAUAACCAUCAGUUACUGGUUUCAGUUGACAACAUAGAAUGGUUUACUGCUGUCAUUGUCCAUGCCUACAGAUAAUUUAUUUUGUACUUUUGAAUAAAGACAUUUGUACAUU